CCCUCCCCUGCCCUCGCAAGGAGAAAGCGGGAGACCAGCUCUCUCAGCCGGUGGGGCCGAUCCCACCGCCCGCAGGGCUCGGGUCCCGUCGCUGUCGGACCCUCAGAACGCCGGGACGCUUUUCCGAGCUCGGGCCCGACCCAACCCGCUGCCAUUCUAGCUACCUCGUGGAGUCGCGGAGAGACUCUUGAACCGUGAGGCUCCUUGAUGAGAAGGUCGGAGAGACCGCGGGGCUAUUCUCCAAGCAUCUUCCGGUCGCGCUGUGCUUCUCUUGGUGCGCUUGCGGCUUCUCCUUGGGCUGGCGCGUCCACAUUCCCUCCAAGUCCAGGCCGCAGUCACCCAGGUGGAGAGCCAGCCUGAAAGAGACAGCGGAAGGAGUUUCCUGGACUGCGCUGUCGCUCACCGACCCGCACCAAUCACCACGCAGCUUGCCCUCGGACCCGCCCCUUUUAGGGCGUGUCCCCAGUGAGUGAUAGACCGAGCCGCCCGGCCCCGCUCAGCCCAGCCCACGUUGCUGCUUAGAUUGAAAUGCAGAACUCAAGUCUCUUUCAUCGGGGCGCAGACUUCCUUUUACUUCUUCCUUUUGCACUCUCGCCUCCUCCUCCUGGGAAGAAUCGGAGGCGCCGGCGGUCCGCCGGGGUAGCAACAGGCCGGGCCACUGAGGCGGUGCGGAAAGUUUCUGUCUGGGAGUGCGGAACUGGGGCCGGGUUGGUGUACUGCUCGGAGCAAUGGAGCCAGCCUUCGGGGAGGUGAACCAGCUGGGAGGAGUGUUCGUGAACGGGAGGCCGCUGCCCAACGCCAUCCGGCUUCGCAUCGUGGAACUGGCCCAACUGGGCAUCCGACCGUGUGACAUCAGCCGGCAGUUACGGGUCUCGCACGGCUGCGUCAGCAAGAUCCUGGCGCGAUACAACGAGACGGGCUCGAUCUUGCCAGGAGCCAUCGGGGGCAGCAAACCCCGGGUCACUACCCCCACCGUGGUGAAACACAUCCGGACCUACAAGCAGAGGGACCCCGGCAUCUUCGCCUGGGAGAUCCGGGACCGCCUGCUGGCGGACGGCGUGUGCGACAAGUACAACGUGCCCUCCGUGAGCUCCAUCAGCCGUAUUCUGCGCAACAAGAUCGGCAACUUGGCCCAGCAGGGUCAUUACGACUCAUACAAGCAGCACCAGCCGACGCCGCAGCCAGCGCUGCCCUACAACCACAUCUACUCGUACCCCAGCCCUAUUACGGCGGCGGCCGCCAAGGUGCCCACGCCACCCGGGGUGCCUGCCAUCCCCGGUUCGGUGGCCAUGCCGCGCACCUGGCCUUCCUCGCACUCCGUCACAGACAUCCUGGGCAUCCGCUCCAUCACUGACCAAGUGAGCGACAGCUCCCCCUACCACAGCCCCAAGGUGGAGGAGUGGAGCAGCCUGGGCCGCAACAACUUCCCUGCCACCGCCUCGCACGCGGUGAACGGGUUGGAAAAGGGAGUCCUGGAGCAGGAAGCCAAGUACGGUCAGGCACCAAAUGGUCUCCCAGCUGUGGGCAGUUUUGUGUCAGCAUCCGGCAUGGCUCCUUACCCUACCCCGGCUCAAGUGUCGCCUUACAUGACCUACAGCGCUGCUCCUUCUGGUUAUGUUGCUGGACAUGGGUGGCAACAUGCUGGCAGCACCCCAUUGUCUCCCCACAACUGUGACAUUCCCGCAUCGCUGGCGUUCAAGGGAAUGCAGGCAGCCAGAGAAGGUAGUCAUUCUGUCACGGCUUCUGCACUCUGAUGGGAAAUUCCGUCUCCAGCAGCUUCACCCGGGUCUCCCCGUAUCAGCACCUCCUCCCCCAAUUUGCAGGUCUCACAUUCCACCCCUCCUGCCCUCCAACUCUCCUGCCUUGAAAGCUGGCUGUACGGACUCACAUCCUUUGUGCUGAUGACACUUACAUAUUUCUUGCCAUAACUUUUCUCUUGCAGAAAAACUGACAUGACUUUAGGAUUUAAAAACAAGAGCAACAAUAAGCAUUGAAUGAGACAUUUGUGUUGCCCACAUACUGUCUUAAUAUAGCAAAGAAACCUACACCCCUCAAAGGGUUUAAGGAACUUUACAAACUAGUCUUUGGUAAAACCACAUGUGUAUAUUUAUUCUAAAUCAACCUAAACUUUUGAAAUGUGCAAUUGUUGAGAUUUUGCAAAAUCAAUAAAGGAAAGUACUUAUAGAAAAAAAAUUAUGCUACACCCUCUAAUCAAAUAUGGUAACCAAGUAAGCUUUAAUUCAUCAUUAGGAAACAAAUCAAUAAUUGACUUGUUUGAGUGACCCUUUGUUUAUCUUUAAGACAUGACCUAUUUUGUUGAAAAAUAUAUGUAGAACCCAAGCAAUAUCUGAAUCUAGCUCUCCCUGGUGUUUUGACUUGGUUCCAAAUACAAUAAUGUUUAUAUUUUCUAUUAGUUUGUAAAUAUGGACUCUGGAUGGUGCAUUUGUGUCUUCAUUCCAUAAGAUACUCUCCUCCCCCCAGCCCCACCCCCUUCUCUAUUUUUUUCUUUCUUUUUUUGCAAAGGUGGCUUUCUGGCAACGUCUUUGUCUCUGUUUGGUGGUGGGCUGCUCGGGCUCCUGGACCUGGACUUGCCCCCAAAUUUUGUGUAUGCAGUGAAGGCUUCAACAUCUCAUGAAGGACACUUUCUUUCUACAGCAGAGGACACGAAAAACAGAUAAAACAAGCCAGUCUCCCAUUUUGUACCUAAUUAAACACACACGCCAAGCAUAUAAAGACAAGAGGGUGGAAGAUAUCUGAACAAGAAGGCUCUAAAGGAAGUCACUUAGAAACUUCAGUUUAAUGUGAAAUGUUUUGCAAAGAUGCUUAAAAUGAACUUUGUGUUAAGAAAACCACUGUGAAACUAAUUUGUACUGUUAUUGUUGGCUUACCUGUGUGUUCAGCAAUCUCAGCCCAAGAUUAUGUUGUAAUUUAAAGAAAAUGGAAAAUUAUGCUCUAAUGAAUGUAACAAUGGCUUGCUGUGAAGUUUACAUUGUUGUACAGGAGCAUGUAUCACAUGUAGGUAAACUGGUGGUGGUACUAGAAAUACAAUGUUAUUUAAUUUUAACAAAUUCCCUUUAUUCAUUUCUGAAAUUACAGAACACCGUUUAACUCAUAAA